AGCAGCCUUGCUCCACUACACUCAGAAACAAGCUGAAAGAUUUCGGUGUGCCGCUUUGUGUCCGACCCGAAAAGCACCAUGUUCAGGGCCAUAAGAUCAGCAACAGCGCUGCAGUGCUACACCAUGUAAGCCAGCAAGGCUAACGACCAUGAGGCUUUUGCGUGUGGUCGGUGCUUUUGUAUCGCUUCCCCUCUCUGUAAACAGAGAAGAGCUGUUGACGGGGAACAGGUUACCUGAAAUAUCUGGGAGUGUCCUGGGAGGAGUAUUGACAGGUUGGACACGGCACGGUCGUAUGCGGGUGGCUCCUCUGCCUUUUGGGAGGAUGGUUUCGGCACACAGAGGCUCAUUGCCUGUGAAUCACCGGACAGGCGGCAAUCCCCAAGCAGAAAGGGCAGCUGGCCGUUCGGCACAGCGCCGGAACCAUGAGCGAGCCCCACACGGGCUCCCUCCCCGCAGAGAAUGAAAUGCUGCCCCUGCAGCUUAUUGCUGGCGUUUAAACCUCCGGCCGCCGCCGCCGCUUCCACCACACUGAUGUCGGCUUCGUCCUACGACCAAGCGGACAUUAUUUCAACGGUUGAAUUCAACUACUCUGGAGACUUGCUAGCUACUGGAGAUAAAGGAGGCAGAGUUGUCAUAUUUCAGCGAGAGCUGGAGAGUAAAAACCGGCCGCACUCAAGAGGGGAGUAUAAUGUGUACAGCACUUUCCAGAGUCACGAACCCGAAUUUGACUACUUGAAAAGCUUAGAAAUCGAAGAAAAAAUUAACAAAAUUAGGUGGUUACCCCAACAGAAUGCUGCUCACUUCCUACUCUCUACAAAUGAUAAAACGAUCAAACUCUGGAAAAUCAGCGAGAGAGACAAGCGGGCGGAGGGCUACAACCUGAAAGAUGAAGAGGGAAGACUGCGGGGAGAUCCCUUCAGAAUCACGUCACUACGGGUACCUGUGCUAAUGCCUAUGGACCUAAUGGUGGAAGCAAGUCCCCGAAGAAUAUUUGCAAACGCACACACAUAUCACAUUAAUUCCAUUUCAGUAAAUAGUGAUCAUGAAACGUACCUUUCUGCGGAUGACCUAAGAAUAAAUCUAUGGCACUUAGAAAUCACAGAUAGGAGUUUUAACAUUGUAGAUAUAAAGCCUGCCAACAUGGAGGAGCUGACAGAGGUCAUCACAGCCGCCGAGUGCCACCCGCACCAGUGCAACGUGUUUGUGUACAGCAGUAGCAAGGGAACCAUCAGGCUGUGCGACAUGAGGGCUGCGGCCCUCUGCGAUAGGCAUACCAAAUUCUUUGAGGAGCCUGAAGACCCCAGCAGCCGGUCUUUCUUCUCAGAAAUCAUCUCCUCAAUAUCCGACGUGAAGUUCAGUCAUAGUGGGCGCUACAUGAUGACGCGGGACUAUCUCUCUGUGAAGGUGUGGGACCUGAACAUGGAGAACCGGCCAGUGGAGACAUACCAGGUACACGAAUACCUCCGCAGCAAGCUGUGCUCGUUGUACGAGAACGACUGCAUUUUUGACAAGUUUGAGUGCUGCUGGAACGGUUCUGACAGCGCAAUCAUGACCGGCUCCUACAACAACUUCUUCCGGAUGUUCGACCGCAGCACCCGGAGGGACAUCACCCUGGAGGCGUCGCGGGAGAGCAGUAAACCGCGCGCCCUGCUGAAGCCGCGCAAGGUGUGCACCGGCGGCAAGCGCAAGAAGGAUGAGAUCAGCGUGGACAGCCUGGACUUCAACAAGAAGAUCCUCCACACGGCCUGGCACCCCAAGGAGAAUGUCAUCGCUGUCGCCGCCACCAACAACCUGUAUAUAUUCCAGGACAAAAUCAACUAAAAAAAAAAAAAAGAAAGAAAGAAAAAGAAAAAAAGAAUAAAUAAAU